CUAUCGCUACAUCUACUUUAUUAGGUCAACACUGUCUUCCCCAAGAAACCCAACGGCCGAAGGUGAUACGCAUACUCAAACAGUUGCAAACCACGGACCUGGUUUGGCCAUGGAAUCCUCUACAGAACCAAAAACCCUCUGUCUCCCAGCCUUCGAGGCAUACCUUAAGGAGUUGGGACUACCCAUCCCUAUUCCUGCCUUCCCAUCCACAAGCCCGAUUCAUAACCCCGUCGACAUUUAUCGGUCAUAUAUUGCAGCCGCUCUGGAAAAGCUAAUUGAUUGUGACCGGAAUCUGUUGUACGAUUCCUUGCAAUGGACCUCCAAGCCCUCUCAAGGAGACAUAACGCUGGUGCUGCCGCGACUCAGGGUCAAAGCCGUCAAGCCCGAGGAACUUGGUGUAAAGUUAGCUGCUAAGUUCCCGGCACUCCCCCUGGUCAAUCCUCCCGCACCAAUGGGGAGUUAUCUCCCGUUCUUCUAUGCGCCCAAGCUGCUGCCUCGCCUCGUACUACCAUUCAUACAAGAGCGCAAGGCCUCCUACGGGCAGAACCCAACUCUCGGACACAAGAAGAAGGCCAUUGUCGAGUUCUCCUCGCCAAACAUUGCCAAGGAGUUCCACGCUGGGCACCUUCGGAGCACCAUAAUCGGUGCCUUUGUCGCCAAUAUCUAUGAGAACAUGGGCUGGGAAGUGGUGAGAAUCAACUACCUCGGCGACUGGGGAAAACAAUUCGGACUGCUGGCCGUGGGAUGGGAGAAGUACGGGUCAGAAGAGCUGCUGCAGACCCAGCCACUAAAGCAUCUCCUCGACGUCUACGUCAAGAUCAACGCCGAGUUCAAGCCAGAGGAGGCAGCAAGCAAGAAAGCCAGGGACGAAGGCUUCGAUACCACCGAAAUUGAAUCACAAGGCCUAUUUGCAAAACGCAACGCCUUCUUCAAGCGUAUGGAAGACGACGAUGAAGCAGCUAUUGCUCUUUGGAAACGGUUCCGCGACAUCAGCAUCAAGCGGUACAUCGACAUAUACGCCCGCUUGGGCAUCAGGUUCGACGAAUACGCUGGCGAAUCCCAGGUUCAACCGCAAACAAUCACCGCGGUCGAGGCCCUCCUAAAACAAAAAGGCAUCUACCGCGAAGACAAAGGCUCCUGGAUCAUCGACUUCACCCAACACGGCGCAAAGCACCUCGGAACCGCCAUCGUCCGCGGCCGGACGGGGUCAACUACCUACCUCCUCCGCGACGUAGCAGCCAUUCUGGACCGUGCAAAACAAUACUCCUUCGACGAGAUGAUCUACGUCGUCUCUUCCGAACAGGAUCUAUACUUCCAACGUGUCUUCAAGACAGUCGAGCUGAUGGGCCUUCCGGACCUCGCCGCCAAACUGAAGCACAUCAACUUCGGCAAGGUAUUGGGCAUGUCCUCCCGGCUGGGCAAAGUCCAACUCCUGAGUGAUAUACUGGACAAAUGCGGCAGCGCCAUGCACGACCUGAUGAAAUCCAACCCAGACAAGUACGCGCAGGUGGAAAACCCGGCGGCGGUGGCCGAUACGAUUGGGAUUACAGCCGUCAUGGUCCAGGACAUGUCCGGGAAGCGAAUCAACAACUACCUCUUUGACAUUAACCGCAUGCUAUCUUUUGAAGGCGACACAGGGCCGUACUUACAAUACUGCCACGCAAGACUCUCUUCCAUCCUCCGCAAAUUCCAAUCCCAAUCCCAAUACCCCAACCUCACCCCUCCCCAUACCCAUACCCACCACGCUACGUAUAUUGAGAUUGACCACUCCUACCUCGAAGACCCUCAUUCAACCGCCCUGCUGCGGACCAUGGCACAGUACCCUGACGUGACGGGCACAGCAUACAAGAACCUGGAGCCGUCUACCAUACUGACCUAUCUCUUUCGUCUUGCGCAUCAGUUGUCGUCGAGCUAUGACGUGCUGAAGGUGGUUGGUGCAGAGGAAGGGCCUGCGGCGAGUCUUGCGAGGGCGGGGUUGUAUGAUGCUGCCAGGCAGGUGCUUGGGAAUGGCAUGCGGUUGCUGGGGAUUAAGCCGGUCGAGAGGAUGUGACUCCUGAGAGGUGCCGUUGUAUGCUGUGGUCCAGGGGUCGCCGACCUGCUAGCCACACCAGACGUGAUUACUAGGUCCUCGUCACCUUCAACUAAUCCAGAAAUAGUCCCGACUUAGCGUCGGCUGGUAUUUACUCAUUGAAUGGCACAGCCUUUGAAAACUUUUGAAAAC